GACGUGGUAGAAUCUAAUAUUAGCGAAAGAGGAGCGGACAGUAGUUUAAAUUUCCGCACCUUCCGUUGUUGGGUUCUUUGUACAAGAGUGGUGGCAUAAGCCGUAAUUAACAACCACCUCCGAGCCCUUUUUCAAAACCGGUCGUAGUCCCUUGACUCCUUGGUGAUCUUUUCUCUCGGCCAUUAAUACACCUUUCUCCACUGUUUAUAAAACCCCCGAAGCUUCAUGAUAGGUGGUGAGUAUGUUUGCCAAGAAAUCUGUUCUGAUGUUAUCACCAUAUGAUCUCUAAUGGUGACUAAUCUAUGGUAACACCAGAUUGGUGAAAUUCAAUAUUUAUUGAAUCAAGAACACACACAACAGGAGGGGGAUAUAGAUUAUCUUUAAGGUGUCACAAAAUGGAAAAGAAACUUAAAAACUCUAAUAACCUGUCUCUGAUAAGAAUGUUAAGAGGUAUCAUAUGUCUGAUGGUGUUGGUUUCAACAGCUUUUAUGAUGUUGAUUUUCUGGGGGUUCCUAUCAGCUGUAGUGAUGAGGCUUUUCAGCUUACACUACAGCCGUAAAUGUGUUUAUUUCUUCUUUGGCUCCUGGCUCGCCUUGUGGCCUUUCCUCUUUGAGAAGAUCAAUAGAACCAAAGUUAUCUUCUCAGGGGAUAAGGUUCCUUGUGAGUCACGAGUGUUGCUCAUUGCCAAUCACCGAACAGAGGUUGACUGGAUGUACUUCUGGGAUCUUGCACUGCGUAAAGGUCAGAUUGGGAAUAUGAAGUAUGUCCUUAAGAGCAGUCUGAUGAAGUUGCCUCUGUUCGGUUGGGCGUUUCACCUCUUUGAGUUUAUCCCCGUUGAGCGGAAAUGGAAAGUAGAUGAAGCAAACUUGAGGCAGAUGGUUUCCAGUUUUAAGGAUCCUCGAGAUGGUUUAUGGCUUGGUCUUUUUCCCGAGGGCACAGAUUACACAGAGGCUAAAUGCGAAAGGAGCAAGAAGUUUGCAGCUGAGAAUGGCCUUCCAGAACUGAACAAUGUGUUGCUUCCCAAGACAAAAGGUUUUGUCUCCUGCUUGGAAGAAUUGGAUUCCUCACUUGAUGCAGUUUAUGAUGUGACCAUCGGUUACAAAACCCGUUGUCCGUCUUUCUUAGACAAUGUCUAUGGUACUGAACCAUCAGAAGUUCACAUCCACAUCCGUCGAAUCAGCCAAAACCAAAUCCCAAAUGAAGAAAAGGAAAUCAAUGCUUGGUUAAUGAACACAUUCCAGAUCAAAGACCAGCUGCUCAGUGAGUUCUACUCUCGUGGCCAUUUCCCUAACGAAGGAACAGAAAAAGAGUUCAGCACAAUAAAGCAACUCAUAAACUGCUUGGCGGUGAUUGUGUUCACGAUCAUCUGCACGCAUCUCACCUUCUUCUCGUCGAUGAUCUGGUUCAAGAUAUAUGUCUCUUUGGUCUGUGCCUACUUGACCUAUGCUACUCAUUUCAAUCUUCGUCCUGCGCCUCUUGUUGAGACUGCAAAGAAAAGCUUCUAUAGUAAAAAAUUGAACUUUUAAUGUUAUGUCAUUUCGCAUGAUGGAAUAAUGUUUUUCUUUUAGUAUAUAUUUUGAGGUUAAGACUCUAUCCAACUUCUACUUAUGAAAUGUGAAUCCAAGCUGCAAUAAAUGAACUCUUACUCUUA